GCACUUUAGUAUAGUGUACUCUAGCUGCUCGCUGCCGCGGAGAGUCGAGUCGAAUGUCGAGGUUCGUGAGCGAGUGAGAGCCAGCGAGCAAACGGGCCCAGCGAUCCCCUCUCCAAGAUGGCCGCCGUUGGGUCCAGUGGUUGAGCCGAGCAAAAGCAGCAACUCGCUUAAAGUCAGGGGAAGGGAAGACCUAGCAGGUGCCGCCAUGUCAGUGCAUGCCUAACCUCGAAGCCGCGCGGAAUAGACGCUGGGCCUUACGUCGCGUUAAAAUAUCCUCGUGUACUGUUAUACUCGAUUACAAUAGAAAAAAAAACGAAAAAACGUGAUGUUCUGCUAGAUAUAAAUAUAUAAAUAUGAUAAAUAGUGGCCCCAUUGCACAAAUCAAGUGGAUUAAAGUGAAUUAUCUUUGAAAAUUGAUAUAUUUUGGCCUUAUGGUGUGCAGUGUGUUCUGCGAGGCACCGGCUAGCGCGGGUUUAUUGCGUUAGGUGAUGUGAGAUUCCGUCGAUACUGUUCAGGUUUUUCAUCCCUGUUGUGUGCUCGCUUGCUGUGGAUCGCGUCUAAAGAGAAGGCCACAAGAUCUUCUUGGAGAAGACCAGUGUCAGUUUACUCUCUUUCUUUAUCUCUCUCUCUCUCUCUCUACCUCUCUCUUCUUUUUCUGCCUCGAGACCAAGAGGAAAACGCUCUGAUUGAAAUUAUUCCAGCAUAAAAUCCAUGUUGUUUUGAUCAGUUGGAAAGAAGUCGCACGUGAAGGCUGAACUGCAGGCAUUCAGAGAGAGAGGUCAUCGCACGUCUUUGCUGGAAUGAUCACGAUGAGCUGUGUAUUACACUCACUAUGAUCAGACACCACGUGUGGAUACUUACGCAUACAGACAUCUAUAAGAAUAUCAAAGAUUUAAUUUCUUUCUUGCAUCCUGAUUUUUGACUUUGGAUUUAAUACCCUACAAAUAAGGUGUUUUGUGAUGUGGUGUUUGUGAGUGAAUGGUGAUGAUAAAUAGAUUAAAACUGUGAAGUGAUUUUACGCGGUUAUUCGAAUGGAGAUGAAAAGAUCAAGAUAGUAUACGGAAAGUGGCGGUGACCCAGGAUGCGGGUCUUGCUGCUGAUUCUCGUCCUGGGAGUGACGAAAUUCCCGGGUAUGAGAACUGAACGCGUGCAAUAUCUCGAGGUCUCGGAAAAUGCAGCGCCAGGAACGAGAGUUGGAUAUAUCGAUGCGGAUUUAAUUGUUCCUGUGCCUGGUUCGGCGGUUGAUGCUGAUUUGAUAGUGGAUCAUGGAACUGGGGAGAUAAAAACACGAGUUCCUCUUGAUAGGGAAACUAGACCAUCGUAUAGUCUCGUCGCUCUACCUCAGAAUGUGAGGGUGAUCAUCAAAGUUCUGGAUGAAAAUGAUAAUGCACCGACGUUCCCUGCCGAGCAUGUGGAUGUGGAAUUCCCGGAGAAUUCACCACGCGAUGCUAAACGUGCCCUACCACCUGCUAAGGAUCCCGAUUUGGGUCAAUAUUCAACCCAACGAUAUGAAAUUGUCUCUGGGAAUUAUGGAGAUAUGUUUCGACUCUCGCAACAUAGGGGUCGAGAUGGGGUUUUGUAUUUGGAUUUACAGAAUUCUGGUUCCUUGGAUCGUGAGGCGCGUUCCUGGUAUCAUCUCGUGAUAGAGGCCUUGGAUGGUGGGGCACCACCUUUAAGAUCCCGACUCCAUGUCAAUGUCACUGUGCAAGAUGUCAAUGACAAUCCGCCGAUCUUCAAUCAGACGAGGUACACGGCUAGUGUACCGGAGAAUGCCACCGUCGGCACACCGAUUCUCAUGGUGAACGCUACCGACUUGGACGCCGGUGACAAUUGCAGAAUCGAGUACUCGAUCAAUCGUCGUCAAUCGGACCGCGAGGAGAUGUUCCGAGUGGAUCCGGAAACGGGUAUGGUUUAUGUGAACAAGCCAUUGGACUUUGAAUCAAAGGAGCGACACGAACUUGUAAUCGUCGCUAGGGAUCGCGGUGCACAGCCCCUUGAAGCAAGUACCUUCGUGUCAGUCCAUGUCACCGACGUGAAUGACAAUCAGCCAGCGAUCACCGUCAUUUUCCUGUCGGACGACGCAACGCCCAAGAUCAGUGAGAGUGCACAACCCGGUGAAUUUGUUGCGAGAAUCUCGGUCAGCGAUCCUGACUCGAGAACUGAAUACUCGAAUGCCACCGUCACACUGUCCGGUGGCGACGGACACUUUGGAUUGACGACACGUGACAACAUUAUCUAUUUGGUUGUCGUCGAACGACCACUUGAUCGUGAAGAAAAGCCGGUUUAUGAUCUUUUAGUGGAAGCAACUGACGCCGGUACACCACCCCUCAGGGCAUUAAGGACCUUUCGACUUUUAGUGACGGACGUGAAUGAUAAUGCGCCGAAAUUUCUUCAGGAAAGAUACGAUGCUCAUUUAUUAGAGGCCUCUGAACCGGGAACAUCGGUAUUGCGUGUCAGUGCUACGGAUUUGGAUGAGGGGGCAAAUUCAGUUAUAAAAUAUAGUUUAUUGAAUACAACGUGGUUCACGAUUGAUGAGAAUUCGGGUUUGAUCAGUACCGUGACUCACGUGGACUGUGAGGCUGAUCCGGCGCCUAUUCUUGUUGUUGUUGCUACCGACUCGGGUCGUCCACCUCUCAGUAGUAGUGCUACCGUUCGUGUGACAGUGCAUGAUCUUAAUGACAACGAACCCAUCUUCGAGAAGCCAUUGUACAACGCCACGGUGCCCGAGGAUCUACCGGUUGGACGCUGCUUUCUCAAGGUUCAAGCCACGGAUCCUGAUUGCGGUGUUAAUUCGAUGGUCAAUUAUACACUGGCGGCGAGUAAAAUUGCGAGUGAACAACUUCUCGUACGCAGUGACACUGGAGAAAUCUGUGUCAAGUCGCCACUCGACAGGGAGUCUGCUUCGUAUUUGGAAUUACCGGUCAUUGCCACUGAUAGAGGUGGUUUGAGUACAACGGCAAUUGUUCGUGUUCAAAUAACGGACGUCAAUGACAAUAGACCAAUUUUUAAUCCUAGAAAUUAUAAUGUGACCUUGAAGAAUACGGAACCAAUUAGUGGCGCAAUUUUAAGAUUAUCAGCGACAGAUCAAGAUGCUGGUCUUUUUGGUCAAGUUGACUUCCGGAUAUCAGGUGGCAAUGAAGCUGGAAUCUUUCGGAUAGACAGAAGCACUGGUGAGAUUCAUGUGGCACGACCGAGUCUUCUGGCGAGGUCGUCGGUGCAUCAGUUGAACGUGACUGCAACAGAUGCUGCGGGUCUCAAGAGUUCAACGGACGCCGAGGUUAGAAUCACGGCGUCAUCUUCUGUUCACAGAUUAGCAAUUUGUGAAAGGCCACGUUAUACAUUUAUCGUUAAGGAAAAUGUCGCUCAAAAUUCUGUCGUUGGUACUAUUAAGGAUACUGGAUCAUCAACUGGAGUUGAAAGAUCGAUAAGAUUUUAUCUAGUCAGUGAGGAAAUGGAUUUCUCCAUUGAUCCAAACUCGGGUAUUGUGAGGACAAGACAACUUCUGGAUAGAGAGACUCGAGAUAAAUAUAUCCUGAGCAUCGAGGCACGAGAUGGACUCUCCGUUGGUUACUGUCAGAUCGAGCUGACAGUUGAGGAUGUGAACGAUAAUCCACCAUCGUUUCCAACAAACACGGUACGAAUAUCCGUUCCGGAAUCUCAUCCAUUACAUACGCCGUUGUAUGUUGCGCAUGCAUGGGAUCCGGACUUGACACCAACGUCACCAAUUCGUUACAUCUUGGCGCAAAACAGCAACGAUCUCUUUGGUAUUGAUGCUCGACUUGGAGAAUUGUAUCUCGCUCGUAGAUUGGAUUACGAGACACAGCAGAGGCACAGUCUCUUGAUAAGUGCUCUCGAUGGCGCUGGUCUCUCGGCGAAUCUCAGUCUCAGUGUCGAGGUACAGGAUGUGAAUGACAACCCCCCAGUGUUCGAGAGGAACGAGUAUCACGUUGAAGUACCCGAAGGCGCCAGACUCGAUUCACAGAUUCUACAAGUAACAGCUGUUGAUCUUGACACCGGAAACAAUGCAAGAUUGAGUUAUCGUCUACAAGGUUCAUCAAAAUUUCGAAUAAGUUCAAAUAUGGGAUGGAUUUUUCUCGCUCAAAAUCUCGAUCGUGAAACAACGGAUCGUUAUGCACUCACUGUUCUUGCAACUGACAAUGGUUCACCAGCAGCUACCGCCAGUGCAUCAGUAUUAAUAACAAUUCUUGACGACAAUGACAAUGAACCAAACUUUGAAAAGGAAUUUUACAGUUUUGAACUAUUGGAGAAUUUACCAUCCGGUACAUUGGUGGGUUCGGUAACAGCCUCUGAUCCAGAUCUUGGUAAAAACGCCCUCUUGAGAUAUGCAGUGGUCCAAGCUAAUAGCAGUUUCACCGUUGAUCCCGAUACUGGUGAAGUGACAACUCGUGAGCCUUUGGAUCGUGAAUCGAAAGGAGUUCACGAAUUGGUUUUGGAAGCACGUGAUCAGGGAACACCGUCGAGGGCAGCGCGUGUACCACUGAAAGUCACUGUUCUCGAUGUGAAUGACAAUUCACCGGAGAUUGUUGAUCCUCAAGGUGAUGUUGUGAGCGUACGGGAGGAGCAACCAUCCGGAACUGAAGUAGCUAGGGUUCGAGCAUUGGAUUCCGAUCUUGGAGAAAAUGCCUCAGUCACUUAUACAAUUCUUAAAGAUCGCGACUCGGAUGGCUACAAUGUCUUCACCAUUGAUCCUAUCACUGGAAUGAUCAGAACGAAAGCAGUUCUCGAUCACGAGGAGCGUAACGUUUAUCGAUUGUCGGUGAGAGCAAGCGACGCCGGGCGUCCACCCCGUCACAGUGUUCGAGCACUUCGAGUCGAAGUUCUUGCCUUGGCCGAUAAUCGACCGACAUUUACGAGCAGCAGUCUAACAUUCAACGUAAGGGAGGAUGCAACAAUUGGAAGUGCCGUUGGUUCCGUCUCCGGUGCAGGACCAGCAGGACGAGUCGCCUACAAUCUUAAUUCCCUAACGCCAAUUACUGAUUAUCCGGCAUUCGAUGUUGAUCGCAGUUCUGGACAAUUAGUCGUAGCUCAUUCACUCGAUAGGGAAAAUACAAGUGAAUAUCAUUUGGAAAUUCGUGCCUUGGAUACAACAUCAAUUGGUAAUCCGCAGAGUAUUGCGGUUUCGGUGAAGAUUAUAAUCGAGGACGCCAAUGAUAAUUCACCGCGCUGGCCACAGGAUCCGAUCAUAGUUAGAGUCUCGGAACGAACUAUGAUAGGCCUAACGAUUUAUAAUCUCACUGCAACUGAUCUUGACAGUAGUCCCAAUGGUGAUUUAAGAUAUGGCCUCGUUGCGGAAUUUCCACCAAGUGGAAGUUUCGCCGUCGACUCACUAACCGGGGCACUGACACUCGCCAAACCAUUAGAUCGUGAGGAAAGAGCUGAAUACACCCUGAUAAUUGAAGCCGUUGAUCGAGCGCCACCUGGCGAACAACUUUCUUCUACCGUUACGGCGAGAAUUAUCGUUCUAGAUCAAAAUGACAACGAUCCGGUGUUUGUUGCUCCGGAAACAACGAGAAUUCCCGUCACACCUGAUCUUCUACCUGGCGCUGUUCUCACACGAGUUGUCGCUGUGGACAAAGACGUAGACGACAACGGUCGAGUAUCGUACGUAAUUACUUCCGGAAAUGAAGAAGGAAGAUUCUCGGUUGGUUACGACUCGGGAUUGGUAACACUCCUAAAACCAAUGAUCAGACCCCUGGAACUUGAAAUAACAGCCAAUGAUCAUGGUUCACCGCCUAGAAAAGCGACAAUAAAGUUGUCACUAAAUCUUGCUUUUGGACAAACCAGUGGACCACCAAGACUUUUACUCUCCAAUCCAAUUGCAAGAGUUUCCGAACUCCUACCCAUUGGAUCAGCUGUUUUGAAUGUUGCCGGUCCUGCAAUCGCAGAUCAAGGAAACGUAACCUUCAGCAUUCCGAAAGGCGUCGCUUCGGAUAAAUUUAUCAUCUCGUCAAGUGGAGUCGUCACACUUCGUUCCCCUCUGGAUCGAGAGGAGAUUUCCCAUUAUUCAGUACCCGUGCUUGCGAGAUCAGCCAAACUGCUCGAUCUCACAACACUGGAGGUCGAAGUUCUAGACGAGAAUGAUAACAAUCCGGAAUUCAAAUCAGGAUCCUGUUAUCGAUUAGAGUUACCGGAGAAUCAAGAAGCCGCUGCUGUUCACACCAUCGCAGCCGUUGAUGCCGACGAGGGAAAGAAUGGAGAAAUAUUCUACAGUAUAGUCGGCGGAAACAUUGGAUCAAAAUUCCGUCUCGACUCAUCGACAGGUGUUCUUUCGAUGUCGAGCCUCGACAGGGAGACCGUACCCAAAUACAUACUGACAAUAUCCGCGAAAGACAAGGGUCGACCUAGUCUCGAAAAACGUUGCAAUCUCACUGUCAUCGUUCUCGACGUCAAUGACAAUGCUCCAUCAUUCAUUCAAAAUCAAUACAGCGAUUCAAGAUCAAGAAUCGGUCAAAAUCAAGAGUACGGAAAUUUCAACUCUCCAUACGCUCCUGCCAAUCAUCCCGGAAGAUAUUUCACAACAAUAUCCGAGGACAUUUCCCCCGAAUCAAGUGUCAUGCAAAUUAAGGCUCUCGAUCCCGACCAAGGGGAUAAUGGAAAGGUUACAUACGCAAUUGCUGACGAGACAACCUGGUUCUUUAAGAUCGAUAACCUCACUGGCGUCAUCUCAACCUCUGGACCGCUGGACAGAGAGCGACAGAGUAGCUAUAAUUUCUUAGUGGUUGCAACCGACGGUGGAAAGAACGACGCUAAACGAACAUUGAUUCCAGUGGAAAUAAAUAUUGCGGAUGUUAACGAUAAUUCGCCUGUUUUUGAGGAAUAUCCUUUUGAGGCAAGAGUACCAAUUGGCACACAACCGGGACAAAAUAUAUUGAGAGUGAAAGCCACUGACGCUGAUCAUGGACCAAAUGGUGAAAUUGUUUAUACAUUCCUUCGGGAGCAUGAGAAACCAAAAUUUAGAAUUCAUCCGAGUACUGGUGUUGUUACGGCAACAUCAUCACUUGCACAAGAGAAUGGUAAGGUCUACCAUUUGGAAAUUAUUGCCAAAGAUAAGGGAAAUCCUCCUCUAAGUGCUAGGGGUUUGAUUAAAAUUCGUGUUGGCGAUCUAGCGGAAUUGACUCCAAUGCUUAAAUUUCAAAAUGACACCUACGAAGUUACUGUUCAGGAAAAUUCACCAAAAGACACUGAGAUUCUUCAAGUGACUGCCGUACGUUCCGACGGUAGACGACAACGAAUUUCCUAUUCUAUAGGAACUGGAAAUGAUUUUCGUAGUUUUUACAUUGACGAAGAGUCGGGUAUGGUUCGUGUCAAUGAUCCAGCGAGAAUUGACGCUGAACUCUGGCAUGAUCACAGUACGAAUUCGGAAAUUAGUAACGAAAGAUCAGCCAAUUCAUGGGGUAGAUCAUUCGAUGGACAAGUCAUCAAGGAAUUGCCCAGAGAAAGUUCAAAACAUGUCUUGACACUAGUUGCCAGAACAACGGGACCGGAACCUUUGGAAGCUUACGCUAAACUGAUUGUACGUGUUUCUGAUGUUAACGACAAUCCACCAAUUUUCACACAAAAUCAAUAUUCCGCAACUGUUUUAGAAGGGAACAGCAAAGGGGAUUUUGUAGUCAAGCUUACAGUGAGUGAUGCGGAUCAGGGUUUAAAUAGUAGAAUUCUCUAUCAUAUUGUUGAUGGCAAUCCAGACAAUGCUUUUACAAUUAAUCCACCGAACAGUGGGGAAGUGAGGACCAACAUUGUUCUUGAUAGGGAAAUUCGGGAGCAGUAUCGUUUGACAAUCAUUGCCACGGAUCAAGGGAAUCCUCAAUUAACCGGAACAACAGCGCUCAGUGUUCGAGUAAUUGACAUCAAUGACAAUCAACCCACGUUCCCGUCAACUCCUCAGAGUGUCAUUUUCGUCUCCGAAGGUACUCCAAUUGGAUCAGUGAUUACGGAGAUCACGGCAAAUGAUGUCGACAGUUCACCAGUUCUUACUUAUCGUUUUGGCAACACAUCAGAUCCGGGACCAUUCAGCAUAGAUCGAUACAGCGGUCGUGUGGUGUUGAAAAAUUUUCUCGACGCCGAAACUCGUUCGGAGUAUGUUCUUCAAGUUAUUGCCAGUGAUAGUAUCCAUGAAGCAACAACUGCCUUGACGAUACGAGUCACCGAUCUUAAUGACAAUGCUCCGGAAUUUUUGCAAGCUGCUUACGUCGCCACUCUUUCCGAAGAACAUACGGAGAUGCAGGAGAUUUUGUCAGUGAAUGCAACAGACAACGAUCUUACGGAAGAUAAUUCACGAAUUCGUUACCGACUUAUGCAUUUAAAGAAAGGUUUCACGGUUCAUCCAACAACUGGUGGAAUUACCGUGAACAGAACAGCGAUACCUAAACCCCUGCCAAAAGAAGUGGAACUUAUUGUCGUCGCUGAGGAUUCGGGUAAACCAACAUUGAUGACCGUUUGUUCAGUGGUGGUGAGAUUGGGCAGUUUGAAGAGAGCAUUACCCGGUAGGGAUUAUAAGUUGACAAUUAAGGAGAAUGCAUCAAGAGGCACUGCACUGAUGACACUAGCUGAAGUUGAUUUACUGGAUGGUGAUAUCAUCGCUGGCGAUGAGAACGGAAUGUUUGAAAUAUUGCGCGGCACUUUAGUGCUUGCGAAGAAUUUGGAUCGCGAACGAAAAGAGAGAUAUAUAUUAAGACUUGGACCUAAGGACGAGAAUUCAACAACUGGUUCCCUCGUUGGUGAUGAUCCAGUCACGGUGGUGAUAACAGUGGAUGACGUCAAUGAUAAUUACCCUAGAUUUCUAGAGGAACAUCAUCAGGUUUCGAUAAGGGAGGAUACGAUGAUAGGUACUGUGAUCGCGACCCUAAAAGCCAAAGAUGACGAUCUUGCUGGUAGUCCUGCGGCAACUCUGGUCUAUAACAUCACUUCGGGAAAUGAUUUAGGACUCUUUAGAAUCGAUAAUAAUUCCGGAUCUUUACAAGUAAAUAAUACAUUGGACUGCGAUUUAGCUUCGGAGUUUCAUAAUCUUGUGGUGAUGUCAUGUGACAGUGAUUUGGUUACACCGCUUUGUGCUUUGGCCCGUAUUCGAAUUCAUCUUGAAGACGUGAAUGAUAAUUCGCCGAAGUUCCCUGUAUCGGAGUACCUUGAAUUUGUUGGGGAGAAUGAACCAAUUGGUACGACUGUCUUCUCUGCACGAGCCUCGGAUUUAGAUCGGGGAAUAUUUGGAAUGUUGAACUACACAAUCAUGUCUGCAGCCGCGACCGGAUUUUCCGAUAUUGACGAUAGUUGGAGACUAUUUUCGGUUGAUGCGAAGACGGGAGCUGUUACCACCCGAGCUGUUUUUGAUUACGAACAGAGGAAUCGUUACGCUUUUGCUUUGCGGGCCACGGACACCGGGGGAAGGAUUGCGACUGUAAGGGUUCGGGUUGAAAUUGACUCGAGGGACGAAUUUUAUCCACAGUUUACGGAAAGGAUGUACAGAUUUGGAAUUAGGAGUGGAGCGCAGAUUUUGGCUGGUACAGUGAUUGGGUAUGUGACGGCGACUGAUAGGGAUAAGGGACCUGAUGGACGGGUUGUUUAUCAGAUGACUUCGCAACAUCCUUACUUUAAAUUGAACCGAACGACCGGUGCGUUGAUUGUUAGGCAGAAGUUGAUGCAUUCGAAUAUUGAAGUGGAGGGAUCUUCCAGAUUGGUGGUUAGUGCUAGUUCUGGUAGACAGGGAUCGUUGUCGAAUAUGACGGUCGUGGAAGUUAGUGUUGUUGAUAAUGAUGAUUAUAUUCUAUCCCGGGGAGCGACAUCGUUGAGUCCUUCAAAUAUCGGCACUAAUAUGGCUGUGGCGACUUCUAACGGUCUGGCUGAUUGGGCUUUGGGACUCUUGAUCGCCCUAUUGUUACUAGUCCUCGCUUUUGGUUCCAUCUUCCUCUAUCUUCAUAUUAGAAACCGACGGCACAAGAAACCGGGAACGAAACCCGGACUAAAUGGAGACAGUAACGCGGCAGCGAGCAAUAGUUACGUGGAUCCAAGUGCAUUUGACACAAUUCCAAUCAGAAGUGUCACCGGAGUAGGAAAUUCGGGAAAUUGUUCCGUAACGGACGGUGUGAGGGAAAGAGCGUCUUGUCAGUUCGCUCCGCCUAAAUACGACGAAAUUCCCUCCUAUGGUACGUCUGGACAAUCCGGACAACAGCAAGCAACGUCCGAACUUUCGGGCAGCGAUCAGUCGGGUUCCUCCGGUCGUGGUUCGGCCGAGGACGAUGGAGAGGAUGAGGAAAUUCGGAUGAUCAAUGAAGGACAAACGCACGGGGACUCGGCGAGUGAUUUAUCGGUUCACAACACUCAGGAGUAUUUGGCGAGAUUGGGAAUUGUCGAUCCUCCCACUGGAACACCGAGGCGACCUCCAGAAGCUCUACCAUUGGAUAGUCUCCAUCUCUUUGAGGAUGAAACGGCGACGGAGGCUGACAUCGCCACUCUUAUUUAUGGGAAAAUUGGCGAUCCCAGUAGACCAACAUCGGGACUGGAAGUUCCGGGUAGUGGACCUUCAAUGAACGGAUCUUUAAGUUCGAUUGUUCAUAGUGAAGAGGAAUUAACUGGGUCUUAUAAUUGGGACUACCUGCUGGAUUGGGGUCCUCAGUAUCAACCGCUUGCUCAUGUGUUUAGUGAAAUUGCAAGACUUAAAGACGAUGCUGCUAGUGUUCAAAGUGGUAAUUCGGGAAGUAGUGGGAAAGCGAAAUCUGUACAUAAAGCACCGCCGCCACCGCUACUCACUUCCGUUGCUCCCAGAUCACUUGCAGCGCCUGCGUUAGCGCGAGGCAUUUUGCCCAGGUCGCCUAUUAGUCACGAUGCUUCAACAUUCCCCUCAGCAGCGUUGAGUCCUAGUUUUUCGCCCUCAUUAUCGCCCCUAGCGACAAGGAGUCCUAGUAUCAGUCCUCUAGUGCCACCCGCGACGCAAAGGAAUAGUCAAGGUCAUCCCAGGGGGAUUCCAGUCACCGAUGCCGAGCUUAGAAUCUGAUAGUUUACCCAAUUGCCCCCCUAUUUUGUUAUCGAGUGACUGAAUCCCCCCAGCAAAGUUGGCUGAAAAUUUUAUCCCCUUUUUUUGAAAAUACCUAACAGCCAUCUUUGCGAGUUUAUAUUUAAGUAAAUUAAUAUGUGAUAAAUUGUUUUUAGCUAGAGGGAGAGAGAAUGACAGACCUCAUUGUAUACGUCGCAAUAAAGAGUUUUUUUUCUCAAAUUCUCUUUCUCAAAAAAAAGAAACUGUAAAUUAGAUUUUUUUAGAUAAAUUUGAAGCGUGCGAUAAUUGCCAAGCGAUAGAUUAGCGUUUCAAGAAUGAAUAUAAUAAUUUCUUUUUUAAUCCUCAGGAGACUGCAAUUCAAAUUUUGAGCUUAGCCUCUUUUGUAUAGUUAUAAAAAUAUAAAAGUAUUAGAUAAGGCGAACUGCUGUAAAUAGGUGGAUAAAUGAGCUUCGCUUCAAAGCGAUGUUUUUAGAAUUUAAGUAGAUUUUGUAAAUAAAAGAAAACGGUAAAAAAAAUUUUAAUAAUCAAAACUUAGACCAUUGUAAACGAUGAGACGAUUUCAUUUUGUAGGACAAGUUUAGCUUUCUUUGUACAGUAAUUAUAAAAUUAAGACGAUUGAGUAAUUUCAGUCGUUCUUGUUUCAACAUUUUGAAAUCGUCUCGUCGCAUAAAAAAAGGAAAACCAUGAGAGAACUGAUUAUUAUUUAGAUCGUGGUUUAUUCAGAUUAAAAAAACGUUUCAAAGACUGCUAAAAAAUUAAAAAAAUUAAAUUUCAAUCUGAAUUUUCAAAUUCAAGUUUUCAGGUUUAUUUUUUUACAACGGUUUGUUGAAAUGUUUGUUCUUUGAUAUUUUGUACUUUUUUUGCAGAAGUAAUAUCGUUUUGUGUAUAGAAUGUCUUUAAAUAAUGUAAUAAAGAAAUUAGGCGCAAAAAAAAUUAUUUAUUUAGCGUUGAUUUACUUCUGUUGAUAAUGUAUGCAAUAAAAAAAUGCAUUUUCCUUCAAGUUGCAUUUAAAAAUGUUAUAUGUCACAAUCUCAUAUUUAUAUGUAUAUGCGUAUAGGUAUAUAUAAUAGACGAUACUUAGGAUUCAUUUUG